GUCCCCUCUCGCGGUAUUUAGUUUGUGCACAUGGCGGCCGCCCGGUGAGAGCUACACACGUCUGUGUAUGAGGUUCCGGGUGCGGGGACGUCGCCAGGAUGCAGCACGAUGAUGUUAUCUGGGAUAUUGUGGGAAACAAACAGUUUUGUUCCUUCAAGAUAAAGACAAAGACUCAGAACUUCUGUCGGAAUGAAUACAACAUAACCGGUCAGUGUAACCGCUCCGCGUGUCCGCUCGCCAACAGCCAGUAUGCCACCAUAAAAGAGGAGAAGGGUAUCUGUUACUUGUACAUGAAGGUGAUAGAGCGGGCAGCCUUUCCAGCAAGGAUGUGGGAGCGGGUACGUCUGAGUAAGAACUACGAGCGCGCACUGGAUCAGAUAGAUGAGAACCUGAUCUACUGGCCAAGAUUUAUCAGACACAAGUGCAAGCAGAGGUUCACCAAGAUCACCCAGUACUUGAUUCGAAUCCGCAAACUCACGCUCAAGCGGCAGCGUAAGCUGGUCCCUUUGAGCAGGAAGGUGGAAAGAAGAGAAAAAAGGAGAGAGGAAAAAGCCUUGGUGGCUGCCCAGCUGGACAAUGCUAUAGAGAAAGAACUACUGGAGCGUCUAAAGCAGGGAGCGUAUGGAGAUAUUUACAACUUCCCUAUCCAAGCCUUUGACAAAGCCCUGGAGCAGCAGGAGGCGGCGAGCGAAUCGGAGUCCUCAGACCAAGAGGAGGAGGAGGAAGAUGAGGAUGAUGAGAGCGGCAAGAGAGAAUUUGUGGAAGAUGAGGGUGAGAGCGACGUGAGUGAUUUUGAGGAUAUGGAGAAAUUAGCGGUCAGUGGUGAUGAGAGAGAAUCUAGUGAAGAGGAAUCCUCAGAAGAUGAAGAGGAGGAAAAGGCAAAGACAACAAAAGGAAAAUCCAAGGGAAAGGCGCCCCUAAAAGGACCACUCCGGAAAAAGAGAGCUUACGUAGAGAUAGAGUAUGAGCAAGAGACUGAGCCACAGCAGAAGGCUAAAGCUACCUGAUUGAGGCGGAUGUCGUAGCGCUACAGAACUCUUUUAUUAUUAUUUUGCUAAAUAAAUCUCUGUCCCAGAUAGCGGUUUGACUACAUGAGGAUCGGGAUCAUCUGUCCUUGGCCCUAGUGAUCUGAUCUGGUGUGAAGAGGCAGAAUAAGCACUAUCUUUACAUUAAUACAUAUCUAAACAGUUAAAGGGACUUGGCUAUCUUUAGGGAGAUCAUACAAACCAUCUCUGCUCAUUAUUCUCCAAGCUUCAAUGCCUGAACAGAUUUUUAAAGAUGGAAAAGUGACAGCCAAUCAGCAGAUGUCAAGUCAUCCAAUGCCAAAAUGUACAUAAUAUAGUGGUGGUCUGUGAGAAGGUCUACAACAAUCCACCUAUUUGGGGACAAACAAAGAGGGUUUGGUGAUGGAAUAAAGUUGUAUUCAUCGCUCCGCA